AUGGCAAGCACCACCGUCGCGGGGCAGAACUAUGAUGUCCGCAUCGAAGUCAUCUCCCAGCCCGAGGACUUUACUCAAGUCACCGAGGUCGUCCGAGACGCAUUCGGUCACCAAGCUCGUGAUGGUGUCUACCUGUCCAUGAACCCCGGCUGGGAUACGCCGGAAGGCGUGGUUCGCGGCGCCGGUCGCAUGGCUAACCGCUUCAAAACCGUCAACCAGAACAACAAGGGCGACCCCAAUGUCGUCUUCCUCAAGGCCACCCUUCCGGAUCCCGAAAAUGCCGGACAGCGCAGAAUCGUAGGCAUGGCAAUCUGGGCACAGCAGUCCGCCAUUGAAGGUCACGGCGAUCAGCCACCGAAAGACUUGAUCAAGGAGCUCGGGCUGGAGUCCAUCUUCCCCGGCAACGAAGCCGAGCAGCGAUACGCCGCAGCCUGUAUGGGAUCGCUGCACAAGCGACGUGAGGAGGUCAUCGCAGAGAAGGCGACGGCGGCUGAGCCGGCAGUUUUGGUGCUGGACAUGUGCGCCGUGGAUCCCAAGUUCCAGGGUAAGGGCAUCGCCAAGAAGCUGGUUCAGUGGGGUCUCGAUGAGGCGAAGCGACGUGGCGGGCUUGAGCUACUCUUGGAGGCGUCAAGUAUGGGUAGACACGUGUAUUCCAAGCUGGGUUUCAAGCAAGAAGGUCCAGAGAUCGAAUAUGACGUUGAAGAGCAAUUCGCGUACCGAGACAGACCUUCGAAUAUUUUCAUGAGGACUGGAGACGGCCAGUGA